GCCUUUUCUUCCUUAUUUGGCCGGGCGCUUCCGGUCAUGGCGCCCGCCAUCUUGGGCCCGGCCGGCGCGAUCCGGCUUCCUGUGGCGCGCGGCCCGCGCGGGCCCCUCACUUCGCCGGUGCGUGGCCUCGCCGCUCGGUUUGCGGUUCUCCAGGUGUCCGGGCCGCACGGAGCCCGCCGCCUGCUCUGACGGAAGCGGAGACGGGGAGACGCGGGGGCCGGUCUGCGACCGGGAGCUCAUUGUCUGCGCACGGCUCCUGACACAAAGGACUGGGAAGUCGGGCCUUUUGUGCAUUUCACGGUCCUGCCUGCAGGCGACCGGCUCACGGGGGCGGAGGCUCUGUCGGGGGCUUUGAGGGCAUUUUCUCCCGAUGCGGCUGUGAUUCCCCCACGAGCUCUCCUCCGAGAAAGGACCCCGCAGAACGAGGGCAGAGGAGAAGAAAUGGCUAAUUCUCAGGGACUGCUGACAUUCAGGGAUGUGGCCAUAGAAUUCUCUCAGGAGGAGUGGGGAUGCCUGAACCUCGUUCAGCGGGAAUUGUACAGGGAUGUGAUGUUAGAGAACUAUGGAAACCUUCUCUUCUUGGGUCUUGUUGUGUCAAAGCCAGACCUGGUCAUCUUUUUGGAGCAAAAGAGGGAGCUCUGGGAUGUGAAGGGAAAGGAGACAGUAGCCAUCCACCCAGGUAGGUGGGAAUGA